GCGAAGCAGUUAAGUCGGUGGGUCAGGAAGUAGACGACGGUUGCUGAAUAUCAAAAGGGAACUCGUGCGGGUAUCGAAAGUUUUUUUUUUCUUUCUUUUCUCGGACAACUAAAACGAAAAAGAAGAGAAGUGACUCGGACAAGUGUCAGGAUGUCGGCGUCGGCUGUGUUCAUUCUGGAUCUCAAAGGGAAGGUGCUGAUAUAUCGAGAUUAUAAAGGAGAUGUUAGCAUGUCUGAAAUUGAUUUCUUCAUGCCAGUGCUAAUGCAACAGGAAGAAGAGGGGCUGCUGUGUCCUCUCAUCUCACAUGGCAAAGUUCAUUUCUUAUGGAUUAAGCACAGUAACCUGUACUUGGUGGCUGCAACCACAAAAAACUCCAAUGCUUCCUUGGUGUACACCUUCCUCUACAAGCUAGUGGAGAAGUCAAGUGACACUAAUAUUAAUCACUUUAUUUCAAUGAAAAAUUAUGUUUUUAUAAUGUUUCCUAGAGUGCAAGAUAUUUGGUCUUCCAUUUACUGCAAUUCUUUGUCUUUCCAGGUGAAGCCUCUAAUCUGGAUUGAGUCUGUAAUUGAGAAGUUCUCCCACAGCCGAGUUGAAAUCAUGGUCAAGGCAAAAGGUCAGUUCAAGAAGCAGUCUGUGGCCAACAGUGUGGAAAUCAUGGUUCCUGUGCCAAGUGAUGCUGACACACCACGCUUUAAAACUAGUGUGGGUAGCGCAAAGUAUGUCCCAGAGAAGAAUGUUGUGGUUUGGACCAUCAAAUCAUUCCCAGGAGGAAAGGAGUUCCUAAUGCGAGCUCACUUUGGGCUACCCAGUGUGGAGAAGGAUGAGGAAGAAGGAAGGCCACCAAUCACUGUCAACUUUGAAAUUCCUUACUUUACAGUGUCUGGGAUCCAGGUUCGGUACAUGAAGAUAAUUGAAAAGAGCGGCUAUCACGCUUUGCCUUGGGUCAGAUACAUCACUCAAAGUGGAGAUUACCAGCUGAGAACAAAUGCCUAAGCAAUGACAACUCUCCAGGGAUGGACAAGAACAUCGUUCACUUAGAAAAUAGGAAUUCUGGAUAUCCUUUAACUCUAGAAAGUAGCAAUCCAAAGUGCCUCAGUAUAAGAAGGUUGAACAUGAACCUGACAUUUUGUGAUGUCUUCUUAACUCUUGUAUUUGUCAAAUCUAUUUAAAUAACAACUUUGCAAAGCUGGUUACAUUUAGAAUCAGCAAAAAAUGUUAUUUAUGUAUGCAUGCUAGGAGUACAUCACAUCUCUGCCAUAUAACAUUUGACAAUAGCAGGCCAUUCUGCCCCACUAAGGUUCUCAAAUCCUAUUUGCCUAAUGAUUCCAAAUUAGUAGAUAAAAGAUACCUUGGUGGCCAUUUUCUACCAUUAAGCUAAGUAACUGAUUCCAUGCUACCUUCAAUUUAUGGUCUUGUGUCCUUGACUUACAAAAUAUUUUGAAGGUGCAAUCAGCUUAUUCCAUUCAUCAUUUUGAAUGCUUAACUGAGCUUACUUUUGGUCUAUUACACUUUACAAGUAGCUCAUAGCCUUCAAUCCUUAAAUAAAUGUGUUCUUUACAUCCUGUAUUUAAGUAAAUAUUGCUUUAUGGCAUGUUUACUCUGCCUAAUGCUGUUAUGUACUUGUGACAUGGAGAUCAAAAUUGUUCACAAUAUUUAGAAUUACAAAUGAGUAUAGAGAAGAACUCAAUCUGACCCAACAUCUUAUUUGUACAGUCUGGUUGUGGACAGACAAGUCUGCUUUGACUCUUAAAUCUUUCUUAUUAUAAAAAAAAAAAAUCUAGUUAAUAAAUAUUUUUCAUAAAACACGAA